AAUAACCCCAAAAAGCCCCAAGUCCAGAAAAGACAUUUCGUUUCGCUUUACGAUUUUACCCCUCCUCCCCCAACCAAACCCCAACACUGAACAGCCCACACCAAAAAGAGGGCAAAAAUAAAAAAAUGGCGCACAAGCUUCCCGUACAUCCAGGCACACCGGAUCGGAGCCCGAUGUUCUCAUCUUCUACAUUCCGCCAUAAUUGAGCAUCCAUCACGGAUCGACACCCCCUCCACCCCUCCCCCAUUACUAUAGUCUAUACAUGUAUAUAUAUAUAAAAAAUAAAUAAAAUUACAUAUAUAUAAAUAUAUAUUUUUUUAAUAAUUUUUCUCUCUCCGAAGAUCAAACACUUUCCACAUCUCUCUGACCAUCUCCCUAACAUUCUUCCUCGAAAUUGAAUGCGUGAUCCUUCAGCUACUGUAAUUGUUUUUUUUUUUCCCCCCAAUUGAUGAAAUACAUUGUGUUUGAUUUAAUUGAUGGACCGAUGAAGGCAUGCACGGCCACUGCGUUCGGGUUGUAGACCGGAGAUUUGGGGAAGAUCGGUGCGCGAAUUUGAUUGAGAGAUGGGUGCUUCGCCGGCGAAGUUUUUGUUCGGCUUUCUCUUUUGCUCCAUUGUACUAUGGAUUAUAUUCAUGUUUGCUUCCAGGUUGCUGGCUUGGAUCCUCAGUCGAUUUAUGGGAGCAUCUGUUGGAUUCCGUGUUGGUGGAUGGAAAUGCUUGAGAGACAUUGUUCUGAAGUUCAAUAAGGGUGCUAUCGAAUCCAUAUCUAUUGGUGAAAUCAGAUUAAGUUUACGGCAGUCCUUGGUUAAGCUUGGGGUUGGCUUUAUCUCUAGGGAUCCAAAACUGCAGGUGUUAAUAUGUGACUUGGAAGUUGUAAUCAGGUCUUCAACGAAAAGCACUCAGAAAACCAGAUCAAAAAAAUCUCGCAGCUCAGGUAGAGGAAAGUGGAUGGUUUUGGCUAACAUGGCAAGGUUUUUGUCAAUUUCUCUUACUGAGUUGGUGCUAAAGACACCAAAGGCUACUUUGGAUAUUAAAGAACUGAGGGUAGAUAUAUCUAAAGAUGGGGGAUCUGAGGCAGGCUUGUUCGUAAAGCUGCAGCUUUUUCCUAUUAAUGUCCACCUAGGUGAAUCACGAGUGAUAUCUGAUCACUCUGUAACCUCUGGUGGUACUUUCUCUGACAACCAGUUGGUUGAUGGGGUUUCUGCUCCUUUCAGCUGUGAAGAAUUCUCUCUUUUGUGUGAGUUUGGUCAUAAUAGGGAAGCAGGUGUAGUUGUUAGAAAUUUGGAUAUUACAAGUGGGGAAGUCAGCAUAAACAUAAAUGAGGAUUUUCUGCUCAAGGAAAAGGGUUUGUCCAACACCUCUCCUCACCCUGCCUCAGGAGCUGUACCAUCAGACAAGGACUCGGAGUCGGCUAAAAAACUGCAGGGCAAACAAGCAUUGUCGUCUGCUUUAUCCAAGUACACUUCCAUGUUUCCUGAAAAGGUUGCCUUCACUCUGCCUAAACUUGAUGUAAAGGUCAUACAUCGAGGUUAUGGACUUCUGGUUGAGAAUAACAUUAUGGGAAUCCAACUGAAAUGCAUGAAAUCUCAAUCUGUUGAAGAUGUGGGUGAAAGUGUAAGGCUUGAUGUUCAGAUGGAAUUUAGAGAGAUUCAUUUACUCAGAGAAAUUGGCAUCUCUAUUGUGGAAAUACUGAAGUUGGAUAUUGUUUCCUCUUUUUACAUACCAUUACAGCCUAACUCCCCUAUCAGAUCUGAAAUUGAUGUUAAGCUUGGAGGCACACAAUGCAACUUAAAUUUGAGCAGGUUAGAGCCAUGGAUGCAAAUUCGUCCUCCGCAGAAGCCAAAAAAGGAUUUAUCAGGAGAAAGUUCUUCUAGAGAAAUAUCACAAUCAUCUGAACAGAAAGCAAUUAUGUGGACAUGCACUGUUUCGGCCCCAGAGAUGACUGUUGUGCUUUACAGUUUGACUGGAAAUCCACUUUACCAUGGUUGCUCGCAAUCAUCACACUUAUUUGCUAACAACAUAUCCAGCACAGGUGCAACAGUACAUAUGGAACUUGGUGAACUAAAUUUGCACUUGUCUGAUGAAUAUGAAGAAUGCUUGAAAGAGAGCUUGUUUGGCGUGGAAACAAAUACAGGUUCACUAAUGCACAUUGCUAAGUUCAGCUUGGACUUGGGCAAGAAAGAUACGGAUGUCCCUAAUGAUAGCUUGAAUAAGAUGGUUCUUGGUGUAGAUGUUACGGGCGUAGGUGUGAACUUGACCUUCAGGCGUAUUGAAUCACUGAUAUCAACUGCGUUAUCCCUCAAGGCCUUUGGUAAAAAAAUAUCUGGAUUAAGUAAGAAACCAGCACAAAACAGAGGAAUGAGGUCAUCCAGGUCAUCUGGAAAAGGUAUUCAGCUUUUGAGACUUAAUCUUGGAAGGUGCUCUGUUAAUAUCUCUGGAGAGAUGGGUUUGGAGGAGAUGGUUGUUCCAGACCCCAAACGUGUUAAUUAUGGAUCCCAAGGUGGUAGAAUUUUAAUUAGUAACUCUGUGGAUGGGACUCCGCGCACUGCACACGUAACGUCUACAAUUUCAAAAGAACGCAAACAAAUGAAAUAUUCUGUAUGUAUUGAUAUUUACCAUUUCAGUGUUUGCACGAACAAGGAGAAAAAAUCUGUGCAGAUGGAGCUUGAAAGAGCUAGAUCUACCUAUCAGGAAUUUCCUGAAGACAAUAGUCCUGGAGCAAAAGUUGCCUUGCUUGACAUGCAGAAUGCAAAGCUUGUUAGGAGAUCUGGUGGUCUAAAAGAGAUUGAGGUCUGCUCUCUCUUCAGUGCUACAGAUAUAUCUAUAAGGUGGGAGCCUGAUAUGCAUAUUGCACUAUUUGAAUUGGGGUCGCACUUGAAGUUACUAGUACAUAAUCACAAUUCUCAGAGACACGAUGAUGGGGAUAAAACUCAGGAUAUGAAAGAUAAUGAGCCGAAAAAGGAGACAUCUUCCGAAGCAAUGAAGUCCGAAAAAACAGUAAAGAAGAGAGAAUCCAUUUUUGCUGUUGAUGUGGAAAUGCUUAGUAUAUCUGCUGAGGUUGGUGAUGGGGUUGAAACCUUCAUCCAGGUUCAGUCCAUCUUUUCUGAGAAUGCCCAAAUCGGAGUUCUUCUUGAGGGACUUAUGGUCCAACUAAAUGAAGCUAGGGUUUUAAGAAGCAGCAGGAUGCAAAUAUCUCGAGUCCCUAAUGUUUCUGGAAGUCUGUCAGAUGCAAAAUCUCAGACCGUAACUAUCUGGGAUUGGGUAAUUCAAGCCCUUGAUGUGCAUAUAUGCAUGCCAUUUAGGUUAGAGUUGCGCGCAAUCGAUGACUCUGUGGAAGAAAUGCUGCGAGCUUUGAAGCUUGUGACUUCUGGUAAAACUAGAGGUAUAUUUCCUCAGAAGAAAGAGCAGUCAAAACCCAAAAAGGCUAGUUCAAUGAAAACUGGAUGCAUAAAGUUAAGCAUUCGUAAACUAACAGCUGAUAUUGAGGAAGAACCACUACAGGGUUGGCUCGAUGAGCAUUACAAGCUUUUGAAGAACGAGGCUCGUGAAUUAGCUGUUAGGUUAAGUUUUCUAGAUGAACUUAUUUCUAGGGGCACCAACUGUCCUGGUGUUAGUGAAUCAAAUGAUUCUCUAGAAAAAAAGACUCACUAUGAUGGGGAGGAGAUUGAUUUUCAAGAUGCUUCAGCCGUUCAGAAAUUGCAUGAAAAAAUAUACAAACAGUCAUUCAAGUCAUAUUAUCAGGCAUGCCAGGGCCUAGUUCCAUCACAAGGAUCAGGGGCCUGCAAAGCUGGCUUCCAAUCUGGUUUCAAGCCCAGCACAGCCAGAACUUCUCUCUUCUCUAUUUGUGCUACUGAGUUAGAGCUUAGCUUGAUAAAAAUUGAAGGUGGUGAUGCUGGGAUGAUUGAAGUUCUGCAGAAGCUCGAUCCAGUAUGCCGUGCCCAUAACAUUCCAUUUUCUAGACUGUAUGGAGCAAACAUCAUUUUGCAUGCAGGUUCUCUUGCUGCUCAGAUAAGAAACUAUACAUAUCCACUAUUUGCUGCAACUGGUGGUCGGUGUGAAGGCCGUCUUAUACUAGCUCAACAGGCAACUUGUUUUCAGCCUCAAAUUCACCAAGAUGUCUAUGUUGGAAGAUGGAGGAAGGUGCAACUCCUUCGCUCAGCCACUGGCACAACUCCACCAAUGAAAACAUAUUGUGAUCUGCCCAUACAUUUUCAGAAAGGAGAAGUUUCUUUUGGAAUUGGUUUUGAACCAUCUUUCACUGAUUUAAGCUACGCUUUUACUGUUGCUCUCCGUAGGGCUAAUUUAAGCACUAGGAAUCCAAAUCCAGUAGUUCAGCCCCCUAAAAAGGAAAAGAGCUUACCUUGGUGGGAUGAAAUGAGAAACUACGUUCAUGGGAACACCACUUUAUAUUUUUCAGAGACAAGAUGGAAUAUUCUUGCAACCACCGAUCCAUAUGAAAAUUUAGAUAAACUUAAUGUUGUUACGGGCUAUAUGGAAAUCCAGCAAGCAGAUGGUCGGGUUUAUGCUUCAGCUAAAGAUUUCAAGAUUUUACUGAGCAGUUUAGAGAGCUUACUGAAGAAUUCCACCUCAAAACAUUCAUCUGGAUUUUCUGCACCUUUCCUUGAAGCCCCGGUUUUCACUGUUGAAGUAACAAUGGAAUGGGAGUGUGAAUCUGGAAAUCCAUUGAAUCAUUAUUUAUUUGCACUUCCCAAUGAAGGCAUACCGCGUGAAAAGGUUUUUGAUCCCUUCAGAUCCACUUCUCUUUCCCUGAGAUGGAAUUUCUCCCUUAGACCUUCUCUUUCCUCAAAUAGUUAUGAGUCACAUUCCUCUGCAACUAAUGAUCAGGUUCUUAAUGGAGGUUCUUGUAGUCCAUCAAAAACAGAGAAUGCACUGAAUGAUUCACCGGUGGUAAAUAUUGGUCAUCAUGAUUUAGCAUGGCUAAUCAAAUUCUGGAACUUAAAUUACCUCCCUCCUCAUAAAUUGCGGACCUUUUCCAGGUGGCCCCGCUUUGGGGUCCCUAGGAUUCCCAGAUCAGGAAAUCUGUCACUAGAUAAAGUAAUGACAGAAUUCAUGUUCAGAAUUGAUGCAACGCCGACAUGUAUAAGGCACAUGCCAUUACACGAUGAUGACCCAGCAAAGGGACUGACAUUUAAGAUGACGAAAGUCAAAUACGAAAUGUAUUUUAGUCGGGGUAAGCAAAAGUAUACAUUUGAAUGCUUUCGGGAUCCUCUUGACCUUGUGUAUCAGGGUGUUGACCUUCACGUGCCUAAAGCUUACAUAGAUAAGGAAGAUUGUGCAACUAUUGGUAAAGUAGUCCAAAUGACAAGGAAAAAGUCCCACUCUGCAUCAAUGGAAAGGGUCAUGAGUGAUAAAAAUAGCUCUUCUGCAAACAGCACGGAAAGGCCUAAGGAUGAUGGGUUUUUGUUAUCAUCUGAUUAUUUUACGAUCCGUAGGCAAGCCCCAAAAGCUGACCCUUCUAGGUUAUUGGCGUGGCAAGAAGCUGGUAGAAGAAAUGUUGAGAUGACUUAUGUCAGAUCUGAGUUUGAAAAUGGGAGUGAAAGCGAUGACCAUACAAGAUCUGACCCCAGUGAUGAUGAUGGGUAUAACGUAGUUAUUGCUGAUAAUUGUCAGCGGAUUUUUGUUUAUGGUCUGAAGCUUCUCUGGACUCUUGAAAAUAGAGAUGCAGUUUGGUCUUGGGUAGGUGGGUUAUCUAAGGCAUUCGAACCUCCAAAGCCUUCUCCUUCUCGUCAAUAUGCCCAAAGAAAAUCAAUUGAGGAGAACAACACCCUUGAUGAACCUGACAUGCAGAAAAAGGAGGACCAAAAGUCUCCUGCUGCCGUUGAUGUUGCAAGUUCGUCGACCCAGAACGUGGAUACUUCAAGAUCUCUCUCUUCUCCAUCAAAUUCAAAUACAGUUGAAAAUCCCUUCUCUAGUGCCAUUGCAAAGCACAACAACGUUGAUGAAUCUGAGGAGGAAGGCACUCGCCAUUUCAUGGUGAACGUCAUUGAGCCACAAUUCAAUCUUCACUCAGAAGAAUCUAAUGGUAGAUUCUUGCUUGCUGCUGUGAGUGGUCGUGUUUUAGCCCGAUCCUUUCAUUCGGUUCUUCAUGUUGGCUAUGAGAUAAUCGAACAAGCACUUAGUGAAGGAAAGAUCCAAACACCUGAAUCUCAGCCUGAAAUGACAUGGAACCGCAUGGAGUUCUCUGUGAUGUUGGAGCACGUGCAGGCUCAUGUAGCUCCAACUGACGUCGAUCCAGGAGCUGGACUGCAGUGGCUCCCUAAAAUUCGUCGUAGCUCACCAAAAGUAAAGCGUACAGGUGCUUUACUGGAAAGGGUCUUUAUGCCAUGUGACAUGUACUUCCGAUACACCAGACACAAAGGAGGAACUUCUGAUUUGAAGGUGAAGCCCUUGAAAGAGCUCACAUUCAAUUCUCAUAAUAUAACAGCUACAAUGACAUCCAGACAAUUCCAAGUUAUGCUCGACGUGUUAACCAAUCUUCUCUUUGCUCGACUUCCAAAACCGCGGAAAAGUAGUCUAUCAUAUUCUGCGGAAGAUGACGAAGACAUUGAGGAGGAGGCAGAUGAAGUGGUUCCUGAUGGUGUUGAAGAGGUAGAACUGGCAAAAGUUAACCUUGAAGAGAAAGAGAGAGUGCAGAAGUUGAUCCUCGAUGAUAUAAGGAAAUUGUCUUCCCGGGGUGAUAUUUCUGGAGACCCAAAUUCAGAAAUGGAAAUGGAUUUAUGGAUGAUAACUAGUGGAAGGUCCACACUGGUGCAAAGAUUGAAAAAAGAGCUCAUAAGUGCGCAGAAGUCUAGAAAGGCUGCAUCAGCUUCUCUAAGGACAGCCCUGCAAAAAGCUGCACAGUUGAGGAUAAUGGAAAAAGAGAAAAAUAAAAGUCCUUCUUAUGCUAUGCGUAUUUCUUUGCAAAUCAAUAAGGUUGUCUGGGGCAUGCUUCUUGAUGGAAAGUCUUUUGCUGAAGCUGAGAUAAAUGACAUGAUUUAUGAUUUUGACAGAGACUAUAAGGAUGUUGGUGUUGCUAAGUUCACUACAAAGUAUUUUGUUGUGAGAAAUUGUCUUCCCAAUGCCAAGUCUGACAUGCUACUGUGUGCAUGGAGUCCUCCUGCUGAAUGGGGAAAAAAAGUGAUGCUCCGUGUAGAUGCAAAACAAGGAUCUGCAAAGGAUGGAAACACUCCUCUUGAAUUAUUCCAGGUGGAGAUUUACCCUUUGAAGAUACAUUUGACUGAGUCCAUGUACAAAUUGAUGUGGCAAUAUUUCUUUCCUGAAGAAGAACAAGACUCACAAAGGCGGCAGGAAGUAUGGAAGGUUUCAACCACAGCAGGUUCACGGCGUGUCAAGAAAGGCUCAACAGUUCAUGGUGCAUCUCCGUCCACCAGUCAAUCAGCAAAAGAUGCUGAAACAUCCAAAUCAAACACCUCCACCAUUGGAGCUUCAACUUCAAGUGCGACUAACCAAUCUAGUAGUCAUGCUGAUUCUCCCCAAGCAUCAAAGUUGCAAAAUCUAAAAGCAAAUAUUGUUUGUGGGUCAAAUCCAGAGCUAAGAAGAACAUCUUCCUUCGAUAGAACAUGGGAAGAAAAUCUGGCAGAAUCUGUGGCUAAUGAACUUGUAAUGCAAGUGCAAUCUUCACCUUUAUCUUUAUCAAAAAGUGGCAACAUUACUUCUCUUGAACAGCAAGAUGAAAACACUAGAAACAAAUCAAAAGAUACCAAAAUAGCAAAACCUGGCCGGUCUUCUCAUGAGGAGAAAAAGGCAGGAAAAGUGCCAGAUGAGAAAAGGUCCCAACCACGAAAGCUGAGGGAGUUCAACAAUAUCAAGAUUAGUCAGGUUGAGCUUCUAGUUACCUAUGAAGGAUCUAGAUUUGCAGUGAGCGACUUAAGGUUGUUAAUGGACACAUUCCACCGUGAUGAGUUCACUGGGACUUGGAGGAGGUUAUUCUCACGUGUAAAGAAGCAUAUAAUAUGGGGAGUUCUAAAAUCGGUCACGGGGAUGCAGGUGAAGAAGUUUAAAGAUAAAGCACAACCCACUCCUCUUCCUGUUCCGGAGAGUAGUCUCAAUCUCAGUGAUAGUGAUGGAGGUUCGGCUGAAAAAGGUGAUCAGAACCCAAUGUCCUGGCCCAAGCGCCCUAGUGAUGGUGCAGGAGAUGGUUUUGUUACCUCCAUAAAGGGUCUUUUCAAUUCCCAACGCCGUAAGGCAAAGGCUUUUGUUCUCCGCACAAUGAGGGGUGACGCGGAGAGUGAGCUUCUUCAAGGUGAAUGGAGCGAAAGUGAUGCAGAGUUCUCACCGUUUGCCAGACAGCUAACUAUAACAAAAAGGCUAAUUAGACGCCACACUAAAAAGCUGCGUUCUAGAAAAGGUUUAUCAUUUCAGCAAAAAGACUCGCUGCCUGCAUCUCCGAGGGAGAGCACACCCUACGAAAGUGAUUCUUCAAGCGGAUCUUCACCUUAUGAGGAUUUUCAUGAGUAGAGUCUCGAGAUUUUUACAGCCAAUUGUAAAAAUCAUGACCGAGUCUGCAGCAAAAGAUUUCCGUAGAUUUUUGUAGAGCCAUCUGCAGAGAAAUUGAGCUGAAGCUCUGUUUCGAAGGCAAUGGAUAUAUCGUACUGUUUAAAUAUAGCCUUAUAAUUUAUUUGUGAGAGUUUGUAUUAAUGCUGCUCUCAUUUCCCUGAAAAAGGAGUUGCAUGUUUUGCUUUUGGCCAACGUAUUCUCCAUUCAUUGUGUUUUCUUCGUAGAAGGGAACUUGCUGAUUCCAAAGGUUCUAUAAUAUUUUGUAGCAGAGUAAGAGGUUGAGAUGGGACUCGUAAGAUUACACGAAUACGUCAUAUUUGUUUAUACAUGCAUAUAUACACUUCCAUUUUGUAUUUCAGAUCGAGUGGAAGCAAACCAUGAAAAUGCACAUAUAUAGAGCGAUAGAAGAGUUUUCACUUUUCAGUAUUAUUUA